ACGGAACGCACCCAAUGGGAUCGCUCAUUCCAGUAUGUAUACAGUUCACUGCUAUGGUUAUAACCUUCAAUAUCAUCUAACAAGUAAAAGUAGAAGCAGUGAUGCCAGAAUGCCAGCGUGGGCAUUCUGGCAUCACUGAGUAGAAGUCGACAGUAAAUUUUGACAGAAAUUUGAAAGUAAAAAAUGGAAUGUUGCAUAAAAAACUGUAAAUCCCUAUGGACCCCGACAACUGGUUUAAAUUUUCAUCGAUUUCCACCUGUACAUAGUGCAACAUUUCAGAUCUGGUUAAACUAUAUUCCAGAACAUUUAAUGAAGAAAUUAAAAAAAUUUACAUCAAUUCGUAUAUGCAGUAAGCAUUUUGCAGAAUCCGAUUAUCGUUGCUCGAGUUCGAAACGUUAUCUAAAGAAGGAUGCAUUUCCAACAAUAUUCGAACAAAAUUCUACAUCUAUUAUUGAACAUUUUGUUUCGAAUGAAAGAAGUGAUUUAAUGAAUGUAUCGUUGGACAGCAAUGCAGAAGAAAUUGUUCUUAAAAUUGACGAUACAUGCAAGCAAGCUUUUACGCAAACCAAAGAUACAUGCAUGCAAGCUUCUGCACAAACCAGAGAUACAUAUACGCAAACUUCUACACAAACCAGAGAUAAAAGCAUCCAGAAAUCGCAAGAAAGAAUGCCAUCUUCUCCAACAGAACAGGUUCUUCGGAAAAAAAUAAAGAAUUUAUACACAAAAUUAAAACGAAAAGAAAACAAAAUUAAAUAUUAUGAUGCACUUAUGAUGUAUUUCCGAAAAAAAGAACUCAAGACAUCAUUCAUACAUCUCUCGAUACUGAUUAAUGUUUAUUGCAUACUUGAUGCUGCCUAUAUGAUUAAACUUAUUAGAAACACAUUUUUUGAUAAAAUGCUUUACUCUAAAGCAGGAAAAAUAUCAUUUGAAUAUAUCCGAGUACUGCAUAUUUUGCAAGAAAUGGAUAAUCUCAAAUUAUGUAAUAAACUGUCUAAGGAACAUACGAAUUUUUAUAAUAAAAAAAUGAAUGUUAGAUUAGCAGUUCAAGUCAUUAGCAAUUCUGUUCCCGAUGCAAUAGAUUUUCUGAGAAAAGCAGGAAAUCAAGAUUUCAUUAAUAGCGAGGCCACUACAGAUUUCAUCAGAAUUUUUGAACUAAUGUAUUAGUUCGGAUCUACAAUAGGUGUAGUAAGCCCUAAGCCUUAAGAAAUUGACUAAUCACAAUCGAGUAUUCUCCUCAUACUUGAUUAUGAUUGGUCAAUUUCUUAAGGCUAAAGACUUACUACACCUAUUGUAGAUCCGGACUUAAAGAUUAGAUAUUUAUUCUUAAUAUAUAGAAUAACGUUAUAUAAAUCAUUUUUUUUUUAAUUACCUCGGGUCUUUUCAAAUUGAAAAGGUGAUUUAUCGAAACUAAAUAAUAAAACAUCUAACUUCAUACAUCUCACAACAAUCUCUUACAUAUACUUAAUUUUGUAUGUGACAAAAAUUUUUACAUUAUCAAUAAGGAAACAUGCAUUUUAUAAUAAAAAUUUUGUUACAUUUCUAAAU